CGCUUGUCCCAACACACCCACACAUUUGUUGCUCCUCUUCCAUCUCUUCGGUCGCCUCUAGAGCUCGAUCGAAAGCAACUUCAGAUAGCUAGCUGCUCCAUCGGUCAUCAGAGCCUAGAAGUUUGGCCAGGGCCAUGGCGAUGGCGAUCUCCUCCGCUCUUCGUCCGUGCUCCCUCCUCGUGGCGGCCCUGAUGCUCCUCGCCUCCAUCGUCGAAGUGCAAGGCAUCACGAGAUACUACGACUUCAAUGUGACAAUGGCGAACGUGACGCGGCUGUGCUCCAGCAAGAGCAUCGUCACGGUGAACGGGCAGUUCCCCGGCCCCGAGCUCGUCGCCAGGGAAGGCGACCGCGUCGUCGUCCGCGUCACCAACCACGCACAGCACAACGUCUCGCUGCACUGGCACGGCAUCCGGCAGCUGCGGACGGGGUGGGCGGACGGGCCGGCGUACAUCACGCAGUGCCCGAUCCAGACGGGGCAGAGCUACGUGUACAACUUCACCGUCGUCGGGCAGCGCGGCACCCUGUGGUGGCACGCGCACAUCUCCUGGCUCCGCGCCACCGUCUACGGGCCCAUCGUCAUCCUCCCCAAGCUCGGCGUGCCCUACCCGUUCCCGGCGCCCUACAAGGAGGUCCCCGUCAUCUUCGGUGAGUGGUGGCAGGCGGACACGGAGGUGGUGAUCAAGCAGGCGCUUCAGACCGGCGGUGGACCGAAUGUCUCUGACGCCCACACCAUCAACGGCCUCCCAGGACCGCUCUACAACUGCUCUGCCAAAGACACGUACAAGCUGAAGGUGAAGCCCGGGAAGACGUACAUGCUCCGCCUCAUCAACGCCGCGCUCAACGACGAGCUCUUCUUCUCCAUCGCCAACCACUCGCUCACCGUCGUCGAGGUCGACGCCGUCUACGUCAAGCCCUUCACUGUCGACACCCUGCUCAUCGCCCCGGGGCAGACCACCAACGUGCUCCUCACCGCCAAGCCCUUCUACCCCGGCGCCAACUACUACAUGUCCGCCGCGCCCUACUCCACCACCAGGCCGGGCACCUUCGACAACACCACCGUCGCCGGCAUCCUCGAGUACGAGUACCCCGACGCCCCUUCCUCCGCGCCGAGCUUCAACAAGGCUCUGCCGCUCUACAAGCCGACGCUGCCGGGGUUCAACGACACCGACUUCGUCGGCAACUUCACGGCAAAGCUCCGGAGCCUCGCGACCGCGCAGUACCCGGCGGCCGUGCCGAAGACGGUGGACAAGAAGUUCUUCUUCACCGUCGGGCUCGGCACGCACCCGUGCCCCGCCAACACGACGUGCCAGGGCCCCACGAACACGACGCAGUUCGCGGCGUCCGUGAACAACGUCUCCUUCGCGCUCCCGACCAGGGCGCUGCUGCACUCGCACUUCACCGGCCUGUCCAGCGGCGUCUACUCGUCGGACUUCCCCGUCGCGCCCCUGACGCCGUUCAACUACACGGGGACGCCGCCCAACAACACCAACGUGGCCAACGGGACCAAGCUGAUGGUGAUCCCGUACGGCACCAACGUGGAGCUGGUGAUGCAGGGCACCAGCAUCCUCGGCAUCGAGAGCCACCCGCUGCACCUCCACGGCUUCAACUUCUUCGUCGUCGGUCAAGGGUACGGCAACUACGACCCCGUCAACGACCCGGCCAAGUUCAACCUCGUCGACCCCGUCGAGCGGAACACCGUCGGCGUGCCGGCCGGCGGCUGGGUGGCCAUCCGCUUCCUCGCUGACAACCCCGGUGUCUGGUUCAUGCACUGCCAUUUGGAGGUGCACACGACGUGGGGCCUGAGGAUGGCAUGGCUGGUGCUCGACGGCAGCCUCCCGCACCAGAAGCUGCUCCCGCCACCGUCCGAUCUGCCCAAAUGCUGAUCACAGACUCGCUCCCUCCUGCCGACUGCUUCAAAAGGAAUUGUGAAUUAGACUUGAUCAGAAAUGUUGGAUUUUUUCUGUUUACUUUGUUCAUUGCGAAUUGCAAUUCUUCAAGACUUCCAUUUUAAUUAGUCCGUUCCUAGCUGACCUGGACUUUUUUGUAAUUCUUUUCUUCCAUUUGUUUACCACUUUGUAACGGCAAUGUUUUGGAACUUUUGAAUCAAUAAACGAUGAGUGACUUGCACCAAGUCCAAUAAAUUCCA